AAACCCAUAAUAAACAAAUCCACCCCCACCCACCUCCCUCUCCCCUCAAGACAUUAGUCCCUCUCCACCCUCUCUCUCUCUCUCUCUCUUCAAAAAUGCUAGGAAAGAAAAUAAGUUCAGUCAAGAAACUAGCAAAGAAAGUGAAAGUACGCAGCAACCCAAAUCCAUCCCAAAAAGAAUGUCUUCUCCAAACCAAAUGCGACGACCACGAAGAAGAAGGAUCAUCAUCGCCGCCGCAGACGGCGUCGCCGGGGACACCAACUGGGCAUUUUGCAGUCUACGCGGGGGAGGAGAGGCGGCGGUUCGUGGUGCCGACAGGGUUUCUCUCUCAUCCUCUGUUCAAGAUGCUGUUAGAGAAAGCUUAUGAUGAGUUUGGGUUCGAGCAGAGAGAUGGGUUGGUGGUUCCUUGUAGCGUGGCGGCGUUUCAAGAGGUGGUGAGUGCUGUUCAAUGUGGCAAUGCCAAGUUUGAUUUUGGACACUUGGUUGAAGAGUUUAUAUAAAAUAAAAUUUAGUUUUGUGAUUUUUUUUAUUUUUUAAAUGUUUUGAGAUGAUUAUAUACAUGGGUCUGGAUGUAGACGAUGAUAUGGAUUACUUGUACAUAUUGGUGAUCAAAUUGAUGAUGAGAAGGAAUUAUUCUAUAUUUUAAAAUUUUUAGGAUAAAUUAUAUUGACGAUUCUUGAGGUUUGGUUCAAUUAAUAUCCACUCUUUGACGUUUUGAAAAUUACAUUCUUACUUCUGCGGUUAAUUGUCUCAUUUUACAAACUUCCUACUUAUAUAAAAGGUAACAACUCCAAGUAAAAAAAUAGAUAAAAUUACAUUUUAAAAAAAAA